GAGAAGAGAUAUACGUGGAGUCGGCACUAGAUGUAGCUGGAAGUAAGAUUAUUGAGUGAAGAUUGACAUCAACACACACCACAGCUGAGCUGAGCUUCGGAACGGCGACACAAAAGCAAGAGCAAGAAAUGAAUUAGGAAAAGCCACCAUAGCCAUAUCUGUGAGCACUUCUCCGUCUCCUGUGCUUGAACAUCAUCGACAUCGACAUCAAAUCUUUUCCAUCGAUUGUACGGCCCAUUCUUUUCAUCACAUUUACCUUUCGCCUCAUCAUUUCCCCACACAGCACGCUGCAGGACCAUUCGAGAUCGAUCCACCCACCCGCAAUCAUCCCUGGCAAUAUGAGUAUCAUUGAAGAAGCUCCAAAGCGAAACCACAACCACAACCACAACCACAAUCACAACAUCAUCAACACCGACAGGUCUUCAUCGCCGAAUCCAGCCAAGAGUAUAUCGCCCGCUGGCAGACCUUCAAAAGUGACUGGGGAUGAGCCUACAGCAACAUUGAAUCGACGUCGUACCAAUCGUUGGUCCACAGAUGGAAUCCCGCCAGGCGGAAGCCGUCGUAGGAGUUCGAAUUUCUCGGAAUAUUCGCUGAACGAGCUCAACAAGAGUUUGCGGGAUUCCACAGACGACAUUUUAUUUCCUAAGCCUAGCGAUAUGAAGGAGGAACACAAUCAUGAUUCUUCACACUGGGAUUCGGCCCCUCUAGCCUUUGCGCUUCUGCCAGCCAUUGGCGGUCUCUUCUUCACAAAUGGAAAUUCGGUCAUAACGGAUGUGAUGCUCCUUGGAUUUGCCGCAAUUCUACUCAAUUGGUCUGUAAGGGUACCAUGGGAUUGGUAUCAUUCCGCACAGUCGAUUCGAAGGAAAGAGGUAUAUAAUGAGGAAAUGAGUCAAGAGGAAGGAAGCGGAGAUGAAUGUGCGAUGGAGUCUCCGAACGAAAACCUCGAAGAUACGUCGGGCGACAAACCGAGCUCGCGUUCCAAGACCGGGCGACGUCAGCCUCUACACGAGACUGCUACCAAUGAACUUUAUGUGCAUGAGAUAUUGGCUUUAUUAUCAUGUUUCAUAUUUCCAAUGGUCGGGGCAUAUAUACUACAUUCAAUACGAUCACAAUUGAGCCGCCCGUCCGAAGGACUGGUCUCGAAUUACAAUUUGACCAUUUUCUUACUAGCAUCAGAAUUGAGACCAAUGGCACAUCUAGUCAGGUUAUUGCGAGCAAGAACACUGCAUUUGCAAAGAGUUGUGAAUUCACAUUCGUAUGACGGUUCCGAUAAAAAAACGUCUGAAAAUAAUGAAGCGUUGAUCCGAAGAUUGGAGGAAUUAGAGGCCCGAGCCUCAGUUGUAGAGCCAUCGACGGAAAGCAUGCCAGAGCCGGUCUUGAAUGGGAAGCAAUCGGCAAUGCUUACUACAGAAGUUCGUCGCACCAUGCAACCUGAUUUAGAUGCUCUAAACCGAGCUGUACGCCGUUAUGAAAAGCGUGCUACACUUCAAUCAUUCCAAACGGAAAGCCGUCUGUUGGAUUUGGAAGCACGAUUGAAUGAUGCCAUCUCAUUGGCGGCGGCAGCGGCAAAUAAUUCACAAAGACGCGGCACAUUCAGAAUGAUAUUCGAUUGGAUAUCUUCAGCUAUGAUUCUCCCAUUGCAAGCUUUCGGUACUAUCGCAAGCCUUCCCUUGAAAGCUCUUCUCUCGGUGGUUAAUUACACCCGAUUUCUACUUGGCGGCCAUGAAACAAUGGAGAGACCUAAGAGAAAUUCGAAUAGUCGAAAUACAUCUCAUGCAAAGGGUGUUGACCGUGUACAAAACAAAUCAAAGAGAUGAAGAUUGAACAGUUGGAAAGUUGGAAUUUGGACAUGACAAUCAUCAAGUUAGAACCAAUGAAUGAAUAAUUUAUGCCACUUUCCUUUACUUGUUGCACGAUAUCUAUACACAAGGCUUGUUCACGGGUUUGUCCACAGACCUAUUCACAAGCCUAUUCACAAGCCUCUUGAAACACGUUUUCGCAACGACUAUGUGAUUGGUUUCCAAGAGUUGAAUAGUUACACGGGCUGUGAGAAACGUAUCAUAGGGGUUCCAUUAAUCGAGGGGCCUCACAGGUAGUUUAUUGUCGUGCGGGUGUAACGCAUACAAAUCCGACUCAAUUGUUGAUGGCUUUCGAUUUAAACAACCUUGAGAGAACAUGGCGAGAAGUUGCUGAAAUCUGGAGUUUGCUCAUCUGUCGAUGACGAAUUAUUAGGAAGAAUAAGAAAGUAUGAGUCAAUAUGAUUCAACAUGAUUUCCAGCAAUUCAGAUCUUGAGGCUUAAGAACGGAUGAUGCCCUUCAUUUGUGAUUUCUAAACAUGUUGAGAUUUUUUUCCACAAUAUUCAUAUUCA